CAAGAUGGCUUCCGUUACCGUCCUCCCCGUGUGAGACAACCCCCCACCCUACCCCACCCCACCCCACCCCGAGACCGUGUCCUUUGUUUAGAAACCACACUUGGUUUUUCCGGCCGGUUUGCUGCCCCGCUGAGGUGGACAGGCGCUAGUGUAAUGGCGGGGGGUUUUCCUUGGGUGGCAAGCAGGAGCCUGUGGGGCCUGACGCCCUUGGCGAGCUUCAGAAGCUUCUCGCAGGGUGUCCCGCUGCUGACCCGCGUCAGGCUCACCCUUCCGCCCCCCAGAGUGGUGGAUCGCUGGGACGAGAAGAGGGCUCUGUUUGGAGUAUAUGACAAUAUCGGAAUCCUGGGGAAUUUCGAAAAGCACCCAAAAGAACUGAUCAAGGGCCCAGUGUGGCUUCGAGGCUGGAGAGGAAAUGAAUUACAGCGUUGUAUCCGAAAGAGGAGAAUGGUUGGAAGCAGAAUGUUUGCCGAUGACCUGCACAACCUUAACAAACGGAUCAACUAUCUCUACAAACACUUUAACCGGCAUGGGAAGUAUCGCUAGUACAGAGAACUAGGGAUUCCGGAAGAGACACACUUGUCACCCUGGAGAAGGGGAACAGGACUUAUCCUUUCGAGGAAAGAGCUCAGUGUGCUCUCUGUAAUAAAAUGGGCCUCUUUGGAAUGUGAUAUGCACACUGUAUGUUCCUCAUAAUGCUACUCCUACUCAUUCAUGUAGACUGAAGUCUGUCUUGUCCCUAAGUUGUAGGGUCUUCUAUUAAGACCUUACUUAUUUACAGCUCAAUUAUACUUUUGGUCUGUAAAAGUACAACAAUUAGAAUCAUUUAUUGUUGGCACUUUCUGACAUUGCCCCCCCCCCCUUUUUAUGUAAUCUUAGAGACAAAACCCAGGGGCUUUCUCGUUCUAGAGAAAUAUUCUGCCACUGGGCUACCAGGCCCCUUGGAAGUAUAAUGAUGCUGUUGUUUCUAAAGACUACCAUACCAAAAUGAAAUGGGAAAGUGAAAUUACACUUUUGUACUGCUCUCAUCAAAUUAGGUUAACUUCCCUGAGUGGAGAAGUGUGUUUCAGAGGAUAACCUUGAACUGCAUCCAGUUUUAUGGAGUAUUAGAGACCAUACCAGGGUUUCUUAUGUUCUAGGCAAGCACUCUACCAAGUGUACUCCUCCUUUAAAAAAAAAAAAAAAA